AUUAUGAGUUCAAAUCCUUAUUUUUUGAUUCUUCAUCAUUAAUAUGAAUAAGCUCUCCAAUUAUUGGUUAGUGAUGAUUAUGAAACGCUUGUCACCAAAUCAUUAGCAUAUUAUCAUCUUGGAAAAUAUGAGGAUGCAUUAGUCACAUUAGACAAGGCAAUAUAACUUAGUUCUAAUAGGUUUGAAGCAUAUUACAGAAAAGGUACUAUUUACAAUGUUAUUUAGGAUUGAUAAACUUUAUAAGUGGGAAAAUCUAAUAAGCAUAAUUAGAUUUAUAAAAAAGCCUUGAACUCAAUCCAUAACAUAAGGAAACAUAAUAAUAACUUUUGAAAUGUGAAUUAGAACUUAAGAAUACUAAACUUAUCUAAACAGCUUAAGAAAAGUAAAACAAAAAAUAAUUUCUAGAAAAAUCUAGUAAUUGAAAGAAGUACCAUAAAAUAAUGAAGCAGAAAGAACUGAUAUUUAUUCAGCUUCAGGAAAAUUAAUGUAUAAAUGGUAUUAAACAGAUUUGAAAGUUGGUAUUGAAAUACAUCAUGCAUUACCAAAUAGUGGCGACUUAAAAUAUUAGUUUGAAAAAUAGAGGUAUUGAGAAUAAAGUAAAAUUUAGAUUAUAAUUAUCAUUUCCAAUAGAAAAGGGAAACAAUUUUGAACUUGAUUUAGAUUUAUUUGCUGAAAUAAUACCAGAAAGUAGCAAAGCUAAAGUAGGAUUAAAUACAAUAGAAAUAUUAAUGGACAAAAAGGAUAAAACAUUGAAUUGGAGUAAUUUAUAAAAGAAAGUUGAGGAAUAAUAGUAAAUUCCUGUAAUGGAAUAAGCAUCAUACCCCACUUCAUCAAAGAAAAAGAAGGAUUGGAGCAAAAUAGACAAAGAAAUUGAAGAAGAUAUUAAUAAACAUAAAGAAGAAUAUGGUGAGGAUCCUUUAAAUAGUUUAUUUAAAUAAAUUUAUUAAAAUGGAGAUGAGAAUACAAGAAGAGCAAUGAUAAAAUCAAUGUAAACUUCUGGAGGAACAGUAUUGUAAUAAAAAUGAUUAUCAUUAUAUAGAUCUACAAAUUGGGAUGAAGUAAAAGUUAAAGAUUAUGAAAGAAAGGAUAGACCAUCUCCACCAAAGGGAUAAGAAUAUAAAAAGUUAGGAUGAGUU